CACCCCCCCUCUAGCGUUGGUCUAUUAUUCUAACAAUUGGUAUCAGAGCCUGGUUCGCGUCCAAACUUAACCGUUUGAGAGUAAAGCGAUCAUGGGCUCUUCUUCUAGAAAUCUCUAUGCAGGAAUUGGAGAAGGACAAUCAACCUCUAGGCCACCACUCUUUGAUGGCACCAACUACUCUUAUUGGAAGGAACGGAUGAGAAUCUAUAUUCGUUCCACCAACUUCCAAUUGUGGUUGGUGAUUAAAAAUGGCGAAGAAAUCCCUAUGAAGAAAGUGGGAGAAACCACGGUCCCAAAGACCAAAGACGAAUUUGAUGCCGAGGACAUCAAGAAGAUUGAAAACUAUACAAAGGCCAUCAACAUGCUAUAUUGCGCGGUCAACCCCGAUGACUACCGAAAGAUCUCCUGUUGCACAACCGCUAAGGAGAUGUGGGACAAGCUUGAGGUGACGUACGAAGGUACCGAUCAAGUGCGUGAAGCCAAGAUCGAUUUUCUCACCCAAGAGUACGAAAUGUUUCGAAUGAAAGAAGGUGAGAAAAUCGAUGACAUGUUUGACCGGUUCUCAAAGAUCAUCAACGAUCUUCAUGCCCUCAAAAAGACCUACACCAACAAGGAUCUUGUGAGGAAAAUCCUGCGGAGUCUCACACCCGAAUGGAGGUCAAAAGCCGAUGCAACCUACGAAUCCAUCGGAGUCUCCAACGUCACCAUCGACGGGCUAAGAGGUAAUCUUAAAACCUAUGAAUCUACUAUCCUAACCCCGUCUUUGGAUGAACAAAAGAAAAAGGGGAUAGCUCUCAAAGCCACCAAGGAGCCGGUGGAAGAGGCUUCAAGCGAUGACGACAAUGAAUUCGGGCUCGUCAUCAAGAAGUUUCACAAGUUCAUGAAGAAGGAAUUUGAGCGGAAGGGAAGGAAGCAAGACGGUCCUCCCAAGUGCUACGGCUGUGGCGAGAUUGGCCACAUCAAGCCAAGGUGUCCAAAGGCCAAACACGGCAAGGACAAGUCUGGCUUCAAGAAGCAAAGGGCCUACAUCUCUUGGGGUGGCGAUUCCGGCGACGAAUCAACCGACCAAGAGGAGGACGAAGCUGCAAAUCUCUGCCUCAUGGCACACGAAGAUC